AUGGAGAUUACGAGCCGCAUGAUGCUGAAGCCAGCAUACUCCGCCGCGCACCCUCUCGCCGGGGAGAAGGUCCCGCUGACCGUCUUCGACCGCGCCGCCUCGGACAAGUUUGUCUCGGCCGUGCGCGUGUACCCUGCGCCGGCACCGUCCAACGAUGCGCUCAAGGAGGGACUACUCAGGGCUGUCGCGCUGUACCCACACUUCGCGGGGCGCCUCGCCGUCGACGGUCACGGCCGGCCGUUUCUCCACAUCAACAACGAGGGCGUCCUUGUGAUCGAGGCCACCAUGCCGACCGACCUGGCAGAUGUGUUCCCCGGCGCCGCAAACGUCCCCGACGACCUCUAUCCGACGCCGCCUGAGGAGAAGGUCGACGCGGCGCUGCUGCAGAUCAAGCUGAACCGGUACAAGUGCGGCGGCCUCGUGAUUGGCUCUUCCUGCCACCACCACACCGCCGACGGACACUCCACCAUGGGCACCUUCUACGCCGUGUGGUCAAGAGCUGUGCGCGAGGGCAAGGACUUUGUGGCGCCUUCCCCUUUCCUUGAUCGUGCGUCCACAGCCGUGCCUCGCAGUACGCCGGCGCCCGUGUUCGACCACGGCUCCAUCGAGUUCAGGCGAGAAGCUAACCGCAGCAGCUCCCGCGCCGUCCUACCGGUGGACAAGGACAAGAUCAAGAGCAUCACCGUGCACUUCCCGGCGGAGUUCAUCGCCGAGCUGAAAUCAAGUGUUGGCGCCCGUUGCAGCACGUUCCAGUGUCUCCUCGCGCACGUCUGGAAGCGGAUCACGGCGGCGCGGUGCCUGAACCCGGAGGUGUUCACGCAGCUGAGGGUGGCCGUGGACUGCAGGGGCAGGGCCAAACCUCGCGUCCCCAUGGACUUCUUCGGGAACAUGGUGCUUUGGGCAUUCCCUAGACUCCAGGUCAAGGACGUGCUGGGCCUCAGCUACGGCGACGUGGUCGGCGCCAUCCGCGACGCCGUGGCCCGCAUCGACGAGGAGUACAUCCAGUCGUUCGUGGACUUUGGCAGGUUGGCGGCCGAUGAGGAGCUCGUUGCGGCGACGUCUACUGUCGACACGGUGCUCUGUCCGGACAUAGAGGUGGCGAGCUGGCUGGGGCUCAAGCUGCAUCAGGCCGACUUUGGCACCGGGCCGCCUUCCGCGCUCCUCAAGCCGGACAUGCAUAAAGAGGGAGUGAUCAUCUUAGUGCCAUCGCCCAUGGCAGACGGCGCCGUCGACAUCAUUGUGGCCCUGUCUGAGGAUCACGUCGCGGCGUUCAACAAGAUUUGUUACUCCUUGGACGAUACAAUUUUUCUCCCAUCCAGGAUGUAA